CUGAGUCAGAAGAACUGCAUAGUGAAGAAUCUGAAGAGGUUUCGGAAGCAGUUAGAAAGAGAAGCAGGAAAGCUUGAGGCAACAAAAUGUGCCUUUAUUCCAAAGACCUUCAAAAUGCCUUCAGAGUACUAUUUGUUUGUGGAAGAAUUUCGCAAGAAUCCUGGCAUCGCUUGGAUUCUGAAACCAUUUGACUUGGGAGUUUAUGUUCUAGUGACAUCUUACAUCCCACUGAAGGCCUGGUUAUACAGAGGUGGAUGCUUUUCUAAUACAUGAUUUACUCUGAAUAACAGAGAUGAUUGCUAUGUUCAUCUCACAGAUGUGGCAGUGCAAAAGACUGCACCUGAUGAUGAUCCCGGGAAGGGCUGCAAGUGGGUGAUUCAGCAGCUUGGACAGCUCUUGACUGCCAAGUGUGGGGCAGGGUUGGUGGAAGUUCUUGUGGAUAUGGACAACGCUUUCAUCCACAGCCUCCAGAGUGCUCAGAAGGUGAUUAUCAGUGACAGACACUGCUUUGAGCUCUAUGGCUGUGACAUCCUGAUCCAUCGGGAUCUGAAACACUGGCUUCUGGAGGUGAAUGCUUCAUCCUCCCUCACUGCCAGUAGCCAGGAAGACUGCGAACUCAAGUGUCAUCUACUCAAAGACACACUUCAUAUUGUGGACGGGGAGGGCAGGCUGAUGGGGAAGGAGAAGCGUGUUGGAGGCUUUGACCUGAUACGGAACGACAGGCCUGUCAGCAGCGGGGGAAGCCUGGGUACUCUGGUGAAUGAGAACGUCAUGGCAAACACACAUUUAGGCUGCUACAAUGACAGGAAGAAACAACUGAAGCAGCUUUUCAGUAAUGCUGAUCCCAAGCUUGGGUGGGAGAGAUCACCGUGGAUGAAGUUCGCGCUCUCUUCCUCAUAA